GGACCUGCAGGCGUCAGGCAGCGGUACCAGUGGCGCCUCUGGCGGCCGCGGGUCAACUGAUUCGGCGGCUGGGACGCGCCGCAGCCAGUAGCUCGCGCCGUCUGGACCAAGCUGCUGCUCUGUUGCUGCUGCUACUUCACAGAGAGGACGAUGGCGCUGAGGCGGUGGUUCUCACCGCUGCCGCUGCUGGUGCUGGCGCUGAUGUGCGGCUCGUCGCAGGGCUUCCGGUGCACGCGCGAGCCGCGGCCGGAGCACUCGGCCGUCCUCAAGAGCCCCGGCGACAACGGCUUCCGCAUCACCGUCACCGGGGAGCCCGAGAUGUACGUCCCUGGCUCCGUCUACACGUUGUCACUGGUGGGUUCGCGCACGCACGGCCGCCUGCAGAUGUUCACGCGCUUCAUGCUGACUGUGGAGCCGAAGGACCCGCGCGCAGACGCGUCUCCGCGCCGCGUGGGCAGCUUCCAGCUGUUUGGUGACUCCCUCACCACCUUCAACGACCAGUGUGUCAACACCAUCUCGGAGGCCGACGACCUGCCGAAAACCGAGGUGCAGGUCAUGUGGAACGCGCCGCCCAAGGGCUCCGGUUGCGUCAUCUUCCGGGCCAUGGUGUUUGAGGACCCCAACAACUGGUAUGCGGACGAUGGCAGCCUGAGCCGACAGCUGUGCGAGCUGCCCUCCCAGGACGAGUCCAAGAAGGAGGACGACGACUUCGAGUGCUGUGCCUGCGAUGAGGCCAAAUACAAGAUGGUGUUCGAGGGCAUCUGGUCGAACAAGACCCACCCCAAGGACUUCCCAUUUUCGCUGUGGCUCACGCACUUCAGCGACGUGAUCGGGGCGACGCACGAGCGCAACUUCUCCUUCUGGGGUGAGGGCCAGAUUGCGACCGACGGGCUGAUGCAGGUCGCCGAGUGGGGAUCCGUCCGUGGCAUGGAGGCCGAGCUGCGGGCCAAGAGCAAGCACCUGCGGACGCUCAUCAAGGCGGCUGGCCUCUGGUACCCGAGGGUCAACUCCAACACGAGCGCCAACUUCAGGGUGGACCGGCGCCACCCUCUCGUCUCGCUGGUGUCCAUGCUGGGACCUACCCCAGACUGGAUUGUCGGUGUAUCAGGCCUUAACUUGUGUAAGAAAGACUGCACCUGGAUGGAGGAGAAGAUAGUUGACUUGUUUCCAUAUGACGCAGGAACAGACAGCGGGAUAACGUACAUGUCCCCAAACACGCCAACGAUUCCGCGGGAGAAGAUCCACCGCAUCACGACGAUGUACCCGGAGGACCCGCGGGCGCCGUUCUACGACCCGUCUGGCAGGGAGAUGGCGCCGCUGGCUCGCCUCUACCUUUUCCGCGACACCGUCAUCGCCAAGAGCUGCGACGAGCAGGACGUGGAAGCCGCGCUCGCAGACCUGGCCAUCGAGGAGACCGAGAACACCGAGGACACCACGCGACCGGAGUGCGCGGUGACCGAGUACUCGCCGUGGAGCGAGUGCUCCGUGACGUGCGGCAAGGGUAUCCGCAUGCGGCAGCGCUCCUACCUGAACGCGCCCAAGGCCGAGAUGCUGGGCUGCGACCGACAGCUCGUCUCCAAGGAGAUGUGCGUCGCAUCCGCGCCUUCCUGCCCGGGUGGCCUUGAAGAAGAUGGUUUCUUUGUUGAGGACAAUGGUGCAAUCUGUGGGACAACAGAGUGGGGUCCAUGGUCGGAGUGUUCAGUUUCUUGUGGAAUAGGUUUCACCAUGAGAACAAGAAAAUUCCUGGACAGAAUGGGUCGCAAGAAAUGUCCACAUGUAUCAUUGGUGGAGAAAGACAAAUGCAUGCUUCCUGAGUGCACUGGUCCACCACCUCCACCUGAAGUUACUGACCCCAUGUGUCCAGUGACAGCCUGGAGUGAGUGGAGUCCUUGCAGCGCUUCUUGCGGCAAAGGAGUGAAGCUGCGCACACGGCUUCUGCUGGUGCAGCCUGAGUUGCAGGAGAAGUGCAGCACACGUGUCGAGCUUGUGCAACAGCUGCACUGUGUAGAGGUCCCUGACUGCACAUUCGAUAUGGCUACAGCCAAACAGGUGUGUAUGAUGGAGCCAGAACCAGGAGUAUGUCGUGGGCACUUUCAACGCUGGUAUUUUGAUGCAAGAAAGGGGAUGUGUAUUAAAUUCAUCUAUGGUGGUUGCAGAGGAAAUAGAAAUAAUUUCCUAACUGAGAAGGAAUGUCAAGAUUCGUGUAAUGUUAUUAUUGGAGGAGCACCUGUUCAACCACCAGCUCAGUUUAGUGCCCUACAACAGGAUGUGCAACAAAACCAAGAAAACACUAUUCAAGGUGUUCCUGUAAACUGCAGGCUUUCUGCCUGGUCACCCUGGAGUAGAUGCAGUGUAAGCUGUGGAUAUGGAUUCCAAACAAGGCAGCGCAGGAUUCUUACACAAUCACAAAAUGGCGGUCGGAGAUGCCCAACGAGGUUGGUGAGAAGGAAAAGGUGCUUUGCUGGAGUGUGUCCUGUUCCAGAUUCAUAAUUUCAUUAUGAUUUCCUGUGGAGUUUUCUGAUAAAUGACAAAUAGUUUCCAUUUCUUACAAAAUGUUAUUUUAUUUUGCUUCUAUGACAGAAAUAAUAAAAUAAUUGUAUUACUUGCAUACUGCAAGAAAAAAAAAUGUUUUUAAUUUAGAUAUACUACUACUUUUAUGAAGGCAAAAAUGAUUUUGAUGGCCAUAUGUUUUUUAGAAAUUUGAAAUAGUUUAGUAUAUGAUAAUGUUACCAAUUAUGAAUUUUGUAUGUCAAAGUGGCUCUUUUUACAUUUGGAGUUCUUUGACGGCUACUCCUUGCAGUAUGAUUUAAGUAAUUAGAGUGACGUACCAGCUUGAUAGAGUUUUGUUUAAAGUUACCUGGACAUUGUGAAUGCCUAUAAAACAACUGUACUUCAAUAGACAAAUAUAUGAAGUAAAAUAUAUUUCUAUUUUACAAUUAGAAUUAAUAAAAUAGUUUUUAUAAUUACUGUUUGUAUAAUAAAGACCUCAAAAAACAUAAAGCUUUUUUUAAUUGAAGAUCAAGUUUUUAUGAAAAAUUUGUGGAUACUGUAAAUAUGAAAUAAAACUACAGUUUUUUAUGA